AUGGCGUGCCAGGCGUCGGGCUGCACCGUCACCAUUGUCCUCGCCACCAUCAUCCCCUCCGUCGUCGUCCUCCUCACCGUUGCCCUGCUGUGCUGGCGCCUGCUUAGGCGAAGGUCGCGUCUCUUCAACCGAGGCAUCACCCCCAUUGACGAUGAGGAGAUUGAGUCGUGGAAGUCGGGAACGACGCCCGAAAAGCACUCGGAGCCGCCGCCGAGCCCCUGGCGCGACAGCCUCACCUCGUGCCACCGCGUCACCAACUCGGUCACCUUGACCCGCAAGCCCACCAGCGUCAUCGUCUACCAGAGCCCGUCCCAGUACGGCGUCCGCCUCUCCGAGGACCUGUCUUCGUCCCCGGCCCACGCCAGGCCGAGCUUCGACGUGCCCCCAACGCCCGUCCUCGCCCGAGCCCCCAACGCGAGGCCCGGCCUAACCGACGAGGCGGUCCAGGGCGAGGACGCCUUUGUCUCGCUGGCCAGGCGUCAACCGUGUCGUCUGGCCAAGCCGCCGCCCAAGGGCUCGCGGCACAACCGCAGCAAGAGCUCGCGGGCCACCAUGUCAGGCACCACGGGCUCCCACAACACGUGGUACGGCCAGCAGUUUGAAUAUCACAAACUGCCCCGGAGGUCUGCCGACCACAUCCUCCCUGUCCCGGCAGCGUACAUGCCAGAGUUCAGCGACGUCCACACGUCACACUCGACGCCUGUCCGCACAUCGUUUGACGAGGAAAUCUGGCUGGGCGGCCUCUCCCCCCGGCCCCUGAUACGGAAAUCCGAGAUUGGGCGGGCCAUAGGAUGA